AUGGUUCGUAACUUUGCAGCCUUGCCAGGUUUUUACCGUACUCUUUUCUUGUACAUUGAACCAGUGUCCACCGUAUCACCUGCCAUUUUGGCGUGGUUCUUUCCGGGCGCCUCCUGGUUCCACCAUGAGCUGAUACCAACUACGACUGCUGCUUCUGGACUGCUAGAUGCUAGGACUACGAUGGCUAUUUGGCAGUUGGGAAACUGCUACCUUCUGCUGGGUUUAAUCUCAUCCCUGGUCUUCAGAGCUAUCCGAGAUGCUCUUCCAAAUAAUCCGGAGGCUCAGGAGCGUAUACUUGGAGCAAGUUUCACUGCGCUUGCUCUGGCAGACUGUUUGCCUCAUACAACACGUUUCAGUAUUGCUGCUUCAUUUAUUGGCCUCCCCGAUGAGCUCAAAUACUCCUAUGGCAAGUGGAAUCCCAUGACCCAUGGCAAUAUCACUUUUGUGAUAUUCCUGUUGAGCGUAAGACUUGCCUGGUUCGCAGGAGUCGGUCGUACUACAUAUUACUACGGGAAACGGGCCAAGGUGGACUGA